ACAAACCGCUCCACUAAGCACUUCCUUCCUUCCUCCUAGCAACCACAAUUCACAACUGACACAAUCUAGGGUUUUACAAUUUUCCCAAAACCCUAAUGGCAGAAGAAACCGCCCCGGAAAUCGUUGAUCCCAACACCACCGUCGCCACCGUCGAUAUGGAAGUUGAAAACGCCGUUGAGUCCAAAGAAAAGCGAUCCAGGGAAGAAGAAGAAGAGGAAUCCAAAGACGAAGAUGCUGUUUCAAAAAAGCCUAAAGUUGACGAGGAAAAGUCAGUAGAAGAACAGAGGUUGGAGAAGUUGGAGAAAAACGAAGAUGAAGAAGAAAAGGAAAAGGAAGCAUCUGGCGCUGUGAAUUUGGGACCCAAAAAGUUUGAUUCUUCAUUGGAAAUGUUUCAUUAUUUCCACAAAUUUCUUCAUGCUUGGCCUCAAAAUCUCAAUGUUAACAAGUAUGAGCACACAAUGUUGCUGGAAUUGCUGAGGAAUGGGCAUUCAGAACCUGAUAAAAAGAUUGGCGUAGGGAUUUGUGCUUUCCAAGUUCGUGACCAUCCUCGCUAUAAUAGUAGGUGCUAUUUCCUCAUAAGGGAGGAUGACUCUGUUGAUGAUUUCAGCUUCCGAAAGUGUGUGGAUCAUAUAAGUCCUUUGCCAGAAGGGAUGCAAUUGAAAUCUGAGGUGAACAAGAGGUUUGGUGGUGGUGGUGGAAAGCAUCAUGGUGGUGGCAGAGGAAGAGGUGGAAGAGGAGGUGGUCGUGGAAGAGGAGGAAGGGGUAGAUAUUGAUUACGAUAGUUACUGGUAGUCUAUGUUUUGUUUUGAGAUCUAAAAUAUGUUCUGUACACUUGACUGGUCUGUUUCAUGUUUCCUUCUAAUUACUUGAUAAUUAUAAUUUUGGCAUUAUGGUUAUUUAUGAUUUAUGAAGGUUUUGGGUUAUUCCAUGA